AUGCCCUCGCUUGACUUGACACGGGACUGGCUGAAGAAUGUGCUCCAGCCAUACCCAUCUCGGGAUCGUAUCCAGACCGAGGUCUUGGACGUGUUGCAGCAGCGUAGGACAUUGGCUGUGAAGACGGAUGCGUUUACGUUUGAUAAUGGUCAGACUGCCUUGUUGCUGCUCUUGCAUGGGACGUUGCCGAUACAUUAUCGAGGAGCGACGUAUCACAUCCCCAUACACCUCUGGAUCCCACUUGAGUAUCCUCGUUCCCCUCCAUUGGCUUUUGUGGUACCUACGAAAGAUAUGGGUGUCCGGAAAGGAAGGGAGGUAGAUCCAAGUGGUCGAAUACGGGAGGAAGUGGUGAAUGAGUGGUGGUCGAGGUCGGACAAGGGGAUAGAGACGCUUUUGCAGCAGCUGAUAGGCGUGUUUUCGAUCACUCCGCCGGUCUUUGCUCGACCCCCAGGAACUCAGCCAGUAAGACAUGCGACAAGCUCGUCAUCUCCCCCACCGCCGCCCGCCAGACCCGAUAGCUUGCCACAGUAUGCGUCUCACUUGCAUUCACAUAGGCAGGAAUCUCCUCCAGUCCCCGAUCGACCACGACAGGCGUCAGCCUUCCACACUACGCCCGCUAGUCCCUCGGCACAGUGGCAUCCCGCUGUGUCCUCCAGUCAAGCUCCUCCGGUGAACCGCCCACAGCACCCCGUACAUCCGGCUCGGCCGACACAGGACCUACUCUCCUCAGCCGACGACAUUUCUAUCGCCGCACCCGCACCACCGUCCAAACCACCACCUCCAUCUCUGCUCCAUCUUCACGCCAUCCUCCUGCCCCAUCUCAAUGCCUCGCUACCUGUUCUGGUCCACUCGCUUCAGACCAAUCGUCAGCAUCUGCUUGACCGUCGGGAAGAUUUGACCUCUGGUGAACCGGCCAUCCGAGACGAAAUGGCUCGAUUGGAAGCUGUCAAAAAGGUCUGCGACUCGGUGGGCCGCAAGAUGGACAAUGUCGUGGCUCAAGGGGAGACACGCGUCGCCGAGCUCGAGAGCAGAGGCGAGAUCAGUGUGGACGAGGUGGUGUGUGGCAUAUCGAUAGUGCACAACCAAUUGAUCGACCUCGUCGCGGAGGACAAUGCUAUUGAGGAUACGAUUUUCCAUAUGACUCGUGCGCUUGACGCAGAGCGAAUCGAUAUUGACCGAUUUGUCAAGUCGGUUCGGUCGCUGGCCCGCGAGCAAUAUAUGAAACGUGCACUCAUCGAACGCAUAUUGGGCAACAUGGGUCAAUCCUGGUGA